AUGGCUCCAAAAUUGAUUUACCAAGAUCGUACUUCAGAAGACCACGAAGCUGACGACGAGGAAGCGUUGAUUGGAAGCAAACAAGCCAACCGACAACGGCAGUUCUUGAGACGGAGCUGCUGGGGGAAAGUAAGAGCAAACUGGUGGAUUGUAGACUCGUCGCUUUUGCUUGUCAUAAUUUUCCUUUUGGUUGAACCACGAAUGCGAAAUCCGAGCCCAAGACUUGACACCACUGGAGAUGUGACCGGCUUUGCCCCGAAAUUUUCGCAAAAGAUUGUGUCCUUCGAGCCGGACUUGAGUUUUGUGCCGCAAAAUACGUCGUCGUUCUGGGACAAGAGUGUCCGCGAUAAGUGGCUCAGUAUCGUCCCAAGAGGUCUUGGAUAUGUUCGAGUCAACGAGCCGUCUAGGUUCAAAAAUCUGCCAACGCCUCUUCACGACUUUGCCAACAUGACAGUCUUCACGACGUCGAUGCCACACCAGUUGCAUUGCCUGUAUAACAUCCUUGAGGUAUACUCGGCCAUUACUUCGGGAAACCCGCAUGCCGUGCCUACAGAGAUGACCUUCCACCUGCAACACUGCUUCGAAUACCUCCGGCUUAGCAUCAUGUGCUGUGGUGAUGUCGCCCUGGAAGGGGCGCAGACGACCUUUCCAGAAGGGUUUCCGGGGAGUGAUGGCUGGGACGCGAAACAUGUCUGUAGGGACUAUAGCGAGAUAUACGAGUACCUUGAGGAGAAAAGGGCAAACGAUCGGGUUUGGAUUGGCGGGGCGGAUGACAUACAUUGAGAGGAGGGAGAGAGGGUGAGAAAGAAAGGGAUGGGAGGCACAGAAGGUGAGCAGUGGCGAGACAGCGAGGUGCAACGUCGCUAAGAACGCCCACCGAAUAGCUAUACAUACCUGGGCACAUAUCUCGUGCAUGAAACUAGUAGAUACAUGAGAUAGGGUGAUUUUAAUCAGCUUAGAACCCCACCAUUGACUCAAAUUAGCCGACUCACUCAUAUUCUAGGCUUGC